GACCUCACUCGAGUAUAUUUCCCGUCGGCGUCGCUCUCGUUCCCAUCUCGUCUCCUCCCGCGCGCGUUCGCCCGCCGCCUGCGCCGAUCUUCGGCGAGCAGGGGCGCCGUCGGCCUGCUGUUUCCUCUACCGAACUGAAGCCAAUAUGGCUGCCUUGCCAUUAGCCACCGCUGAAGUAUGUGAUGCAAAUGCACAUUUAAUCAUGAAUGGCGAGCUUCGUGCUCUCCAUCCUAUCUUCCAAAUCUAUGGAAGGCGGCAGGUUUUUGCCGGCCCUAUUGUGACACUGAAGGUCUAUGAGGAUAAUGUUCUUGUCCGUGAGUUCCUCGAGGAGAAGGGUCAUGGCAGGGUUCUUGUAGUUGAUGGUGGUGGGAGCUUGCGCUGCGCCAUUUUAGGUGGAAACCCUGUGCAGCAGGCGCAGAACAAUGGCUGGGCUGGCAUCGUCGUCAAUGGUUGCAUCAGGGACGUAGAUGAGAUCAAUGGAUGUGACAUUGGUGUCCGGGCUCUCAACUCGCAUCCUAUGAAGGCAAACAAGAAAGGAAUCGGUGAGAAGCAUGUGCCAGUCACCAUUGCAGGGACCAGGAUUUGUGACGGCGAGUGGCUCUACGCCGAUACUGAUGGCAUUCUCAUCUCGAGGACUGAAUUGACCGUGUAAACCUCUCUGUCUGGCUGUACGAGUAUUUGGCGCAUAAAUGGACUGCUGCUUCUGGCCUCCUGGUGUAAUAUCUAAAACUGUAAUAACGUACACUAAAUUAAAUGAUCACCUGGAAUAAUUGAUGCCUCUGUUCUGUUGUUA